CUUUCGGUGGCAGCGGUACCUUGUCAGUCUCUCUUGUAAAAAGGCAGUGCUGCGUGCACUGAUAUCCCGGCUUUUGUCUCAGGAGCAAAAGACACACGUCGUCUCAAAAAUGAAACGAGUUUGGGUCGUAGGAGUUCUCUUUGCACUCUUAGCCUUUGCUGCUGUAAAGGCAGAGGAUGAAGUUGACGUCGAUGGGACAGUGGAGGAGGAUCUUGGAAAAAGCAGAGAUGGCUCAAGAACAGAUGACGAGGUGGUGCAGAGAGAGGAGGAGGCUAUCCAGCUGGAUGGAUUGAAUGCAGCUCAGAUUAAGGAAAUCCGAGAAAAGUCCGAGAAACAUGUCUUUCAGGCUGAAGUCAACAGAAUGAUGAAGCUGAUCAUUAACUCCCUCUACAAAAACAAGGAGAUCUUCCUCAGGGAGCUGAUCUCUAACGCCUCCGAUGCUCUGGAUAAGAUCCGCUUGUUGUCCUUGACCAAUGAGGAGGCAAUGGCAUCAAAUGAAGAGCUAACUAUCAAAAUAAAAUCUGAUAAGGAGAAGAACAUGCUGCACAUCACUGACACUGGUCUUGGAAUGACCAAAGAGGAUCUGGUGAAGAACUUGGGCACCAUCGCCAAGUCUGGCACCAGCGAGUUCCUCAACCAGAUGACAGAGAUGCAGGCUGAGGACCAGUCCACCUCGGAGCUGAUUGGCCAGUUUGGUGUGGGUUUCUACUCGGCUUUCCUCGUUGCUGACAAAGUCAUCGUCACGUCUAAACACAACAAUGACACCCAGCACAUCUGGGAGUCUGACUCUAACCAGUUCUCAGUCAUCGAGGACCCCCGCGGGGACACACUGGGAAGAGGAACCACCAUCACACUGGUCCUGAAAGAGGAGGCCUCAGACUACCUGGAGCUCGAGACCAUCAAGAACCUCAUCAGGAAGUACUCUCAGUUCAUCAACUUCCCCAUAUACCUCUGGGCCAGCAAGACUGAGACAGUUGAAGAGCCCAUUGAGGAGGAUGCUGAAGCAACAGAGGAGCCAGAGAAGGAGGCUUCUGAUGAUGUGGAAGUGGAGGAAGAGGAAGAGGACAAAGACAAGCCAAAGACCAAAAAGGUUGAAAAGACUGUGUGGGACUGGGAGCUGAUGAACGACAUCAAGCCAAUCUGGCAGAGACCGGCUAAGGAGGUAGAGGAGGACGAGUACACGGCUUUCUACAAGACCUUCUCCAAGGACACCGACGACCCUCUGGCCCACAUCCACUUCAUGGCUGAGGGAGAGGUUACCUUCAAGUCCAUCCUGUUUGUGCCCACCUCAGCUCCACGCGGCCUGUUCGACGAGUACGGCUCCAAGAAGAAUGACUACAUCAAGCUGUUUGUGAGGAGAGUUUUCAUCACGGAUGACUUCAACGACAUGAUGCCCAAGUACCUGAACUUCGUCAAGGGAGUGGUUGACUCUGAUGAUCUUCCCCUGAAUGUGUCCAGAGAGACUCUGCAGCAGCACAAACUGCUCAAGGUUAUCCGCAAGAAGCUGGUGCGUAAGACUUUGGACAUGAUCAAGAAGAUCGCAGAGGAACAGUACAACGACAAGUUCUGGAAGGAAUUCGGAACCAACAUCAAGCUGGGCGUCAUCGAGGAUCACUCCAACAGGACCCGUCUGGCCAAGCUGCUCCGCUUCCAGACCUCCAACAGCGAAACCGUCCUGGCCAGCCUGGAGGAGUAUGUGGAGCGCAUGAAGGAGAAGCAGGACAAGAUCUACUUCAUGGCUGGAACCAGCAGGAAGGAGGCUGAGUCUUCCCCCUUCGUUGAGAAGCUGCUGAAGAAGGGCUAUGAGGUGAUCUACCUGACAGAGCCUGUGGACGAGUACUGCAUCCAGGCCCUCCCCGAGUUUGAUGGAAAACGCUUCCAGAACGUGGCCAAGGAGGGCAUCAAAUUUGACGAGACUGACAAGGCAAAGGAGAAGAGGGAGGCUCUGGAGAAGGAGUAUGAACCUCUCACCACUUGGCUGAAGGAUAAGGCACUGAAGGACAAGAUUGAGAAGGCCAUCCUCUCUCAGAGGCUCACAAACUCCCCCUGCGCUUUGGUUGCCAGUCAGUACGGCUGGUCAGGAAACAUGGAGAGGAUCAUGAAGGCCCAGGCCUACCAGACAGGAAAAGACAUUUCCACUAAUUAUUAUGCAAGUCAGAAGAAAACAUUAGAAAUCAACCCCAAACAUCCUCUCAUCAAGCAGAUGCUGAACAGAGUCAAUGGAGACGCUGAGGACCAGACUGCGUCCGAUUUGGCUGUGGUUCUGUUUGAGACGGCCACGCUGCGUUCAGGAUACCAGCUCGUUGACACCAAGGCUUAUGGAGACAGGAUAGAGCGCAUGCUCCGACUCAGCUUGAACGUAGAUCUGGAAGAACAGGCAAAGGAGGAGGAUGAUGAUGCUGAAGAUAAAGAGGAAGUUAUGGAUGAGGAUGACGAUGACGAGUCGCUAACCGGUUUAGUCCACAUUCAUAGACUGAUAACAGGAAUGAGUAUAGAAAUUCCUGAAGGACUGACGGAGCUGUUACAGAGCUUUACCGUGGAAGUGUUGAGGAAUCAGCCAAGGGAUUUGCUCGAGUUUGCGUUGCAGUACUUCACCCAGCUGAAGGAAAAAGAGACCAAAGAGGCCUCGUUUGGCAAUGACCAAAAUUCGGCCCCGAGACUGGGAAAAGCUGUCAAUUUCAUUGACGAAGCCAUGCAGAUCGAUUCGGAAAACGGAGAGGAGGACGACGACGACGACGAGGAAUUCAUAGCCCCGGUUAUAAACAGAUUCAUCAGAAGAGCAUCAGUGUGCGCUGAAGCGUUCAACCCAGAUGAAGAUGAGGAGGAAAAAGAGCCAUGGAUCACCCACCCAAAAACCGAUGAGCAGAGACAGAGACUACAGGAAGCGUGUAGGGACAUUCUUCUGUUCAAGAAUUUGGAUCCAGAACAGAUGUCUCAGGUGCUGGAUGCCAUGUUUGAGAAGUUCUGCACUGAAGGGGAGCACAUCAUUGAUCAAGAUGACGAUGGGGACAACUUUUAUGUUAUAGAGAGCGGGACAUUUAAUAUUUUCGUAAUGGUUGAUGGCAUGGAAAAGCUGGUAGGUUGCUAUGACAACAAAGGCAGCUUCGGAGAGCUGGCACUGAUGUACAACACCCCCAGGGCUGCCACGAUAAUCGCCACCUCGCCUGGAGCCCUUUGGUGCAUGGAUCGUCUGACAUUCAGGAGGAUCAUUGUGAAGAACAAUGCCAAGAAGAGGAGGCUGUAUGAGGCGUUCAUUGAAACACUACCACUGCUUAUGUCAUUAGAGCUGUCAGAGAGAAUGAAGGUAGUAGACGUAUUAUCUACCAAGGCGUAUUGUGAUGCACAGCAAAUCAUUGCUCAGGGUGAUUUAGCAGAUUGCUUCUACAUUGUCGAGUCCGGCCAGGUUAGAAUCACCAUGAGAAGAAGCAGGACGAAAAAAGACCAGGAGGAGGAGGAGGAGGUGGACAUCGCCACAUGCUCUAGGGGCCAGUAUUUUGGGGAGUUGGCGCUCGUCACGAACAAACCAAGAGCUGCAUCUGCCUAUGCUGUGGGGAGCGUCAAAUGCCUCGUCUUGGACGUUAAAGCCUUCGAGAGGUUGCUGGGCCCCUGCAUGGACAUCAUGAAGAGAAACAUAGCUAACUAUGAGGAGCAGCUGGUCACCUUGUUUGGAAGUAGCACUGAGAUCGAGCAACAAAGUGCAUGAGAAGACUCCAAUGGACCAUGAAUUGAAUGGAUGAAAACAAAUUUUAUCAAUAUCAUUUUCUUACAAGAAAUGUGAAUAUUCACCACAACAUUUGUGUGUCAGAUAAAUAAGUCCGAUCCACCAUUAUGAGACAAAGGUUUAUUAUAGGAGAGUUUGCCACUGAGUGAGGAAGCCAAGAGUUGCUUAAAGCUUGUUUAAAUUAGAGUUAUCACAACUAAAACCUUAAAAAUGUAACUGUACAUUCACUCUUCAUCGUCAUAUAUAAUAUUUGUCAGUUGAACACUUUUUUACUCUCACGUUUUUCUCUGCUGUGUUAUAGUUAUACCUACAGUAUUAUAUCAUUUGUACAUUUCUAAACAUUGUCUGCCAAAAUCAGAUGCCAAAGCUAAUUUCCUACAGGAUAGUUGUGAGCAAAGAUGUCACCUUCUCUUCUCAGUUUCUGGCAUGAUCACCAACUCCUGCAGAAAAAGAAGCACUGGCACAUUGAUACAAAGCCCCAAUGUGAGAAAGUGUAGACAAUUUGCAAAGAAAGGCCUCUGGAUUCUGUUUUUGAAAAAAAGCAUCUUUUACAUUUUGAUCUCAUCGGAAUGUAGACUUGGCAGUACUCGAGCACUUUUGCUGAAUACUUUUUUGUCUGUCAUAAGAUUUGAACUGAUGGACACAUGUUCAUACACUGUAUAUCAUUGUUGGUCAGUGUUUGUGGCUGUUAGCCGUAUACUAUGCCUUUGCAAAAAAGAAAAAAAAAGAAAAAAAAAGAAGAAAAAACUCAGAACAGACUUCAGAAAGAUAGCUGAUAGUUUUGUAAGACUAUACAACAUAUUGCUGUACAAUAUGAGUAUUAACUGUUAUUAUAUAGGCCCACUUAUAAUUUCAUAAGUUGCCCCAUAGAUUGUUGUCUUUAUUGGCAAUGUCUUGAGACAUUUGCUUUCCCUGUGUUUGAAUGUAAAAUUUCAGUCAUUCUGUUUUUGUGUCAGUGAAACAUAAAUGAUGAUUAUGACAUCCAUUAUUGCUGCCUACCUCUGCCAACAACAUUUACUGUUUGGAAACACGUAUUCUGUUGUUCCCUCGCAACAGUGGUCAAAAGUGGGCCUUCUCUGCUCCCUUCUUCUCUCUCUGUUUAAAAUUAAUAAUGAAGUAUUCUGUAUUUCUGUAAGCUGGAUAGAGCUGUUGUUUGAAAAUUAAUAUUCUGAAUUUACCCCCCCCCCCCCUUCCUGCAAAUAUCACCGGUAACUUUUGAAGGCAACACAUAAAGCUGGCUGGAAGAACUGUAUGUUUCAUUUUUCAUGUCAAUAAAGAGCCUUUUUGUA